UGAAGGACCGGCCUGUACUGGAGAGUGGUCUCUUUGUACGUUUCUAUCCGUCCCAUCUGUGAAGUGAAGUUUAGAAACGCGGGGAUUUCAAUGGUUUUUAAGUAAUCUCGCGAAAAGAAACAGAUGAAAAAGUAUAAAUAGUUUUAUUUAUAGUUUUAUUAAAUAAUUUAGCGACAUUGUGUUGAUAAUACCAGAAGCCAAGAAUCCAAUCCAAAAUCUCCGGACCCCGCUUCCGCCCACCACAAACUAUAUAUUAUUGCAAACCAUGUUUAAAAUAUAGUGAAGCUUUUUCCUCAAAAUUAGUGUCUGGGAGCGAUGCGGCUCCGCUGGCUCACCUGGGAUGUGACAGACACGCUGCUCCGGGUGCGGAGCUCAGUCGGGGAGCAGUACUGCAGGGAGGCGCGGAGCCUGGGGCUGCAGCUGGAACCCGAGUCCGUGGAGAGAGCCUUCAGACUGGCCUACAAGAGCCAGCACCAGCGCUUCCCCAACUACGGGCUGAGCCAGGGGCUGUCCUCGCGGGAGUGGUGGCAGCACGUGGUGCAGGAGACCUUCUCCCUGUGCGGGGUGCAGGGCGAGCGGGCGCUGGAGCCCCUGGCAGAGAGGCUGUACCGGGGCUUCAGCGGCGCACACAACUGGGAGGCAUUCCCCGACGUGGAGCGGGCGCUAGAGCAGUGCAGGCGACUGGGGCUCCGCAUGGGGGUCGUGUCCAACUUCGACCAGCGGCUGGAGCAGGUGCUGGACAGCUGCGGCUUGAGGAAGCACUUCGACUUCGUGGUGACAUCGGAGAGCGCCGGCGUGGCCAAGCCGGACGGCAGGAUCUUCCGGGAGGCGCUCAGGCUGAGCGGGCUGACGGAGCCCAGCCGGGCAGCCCACAUCGGGGAUGAUUACUGGAACGACUACAGGGCUGCCCGUGAGCAGGGGAUGCAGAGCUACCUGCUGCAGAGGAAAGGGGCAGAGAGGGGGGUGGACUGGGGGGUGCCUCCCGAGCACAGGCUCUCCUCGCUGGACAAGCUGCCCGCCCUCCUCUCAUAGAGACCGGGGAGCGGGCUCGAGUCUCGGCCUGCAUGCAUCGGGAGGGGAAAGCUGCUCCAGUUUAACUGUCUUUUCAUUAAAACCAGACCAGAAAAUAUAUCUCAUCGUCGUUGUAUUGGUUUACUGUUUGUGGGUGUUUAAAAAUAAAUAAAUCAAAGGUUUCUGACACAACACCAAGUGCCUUUUCACUUAUGUUUAGUUUUUAAAUGAACCGAACUGAGUUCACUUGAAAACGAACUCCGGAGGAAGAGAGCUCGGCUCUGGUUGGAUUCGCAGGCUGCGCGCCCCUCAGUGCAAGAGAACGAGUCACUUCAGCAGGACUGGCUGCGCUUCACACUGAAGCAAACUCGCUGCUUUUACCAAACGGACCGGACCGCAGCUCUGGAGAAGGACUCGGUUUGGUUCUGUUUAAACACACUGUGAAAGGGACGGUUCUUUUGGAGCGUUCACAUGGGCUUCCAAAACAAACUGAACCACACUCAAUUAGAUAAACUGAGCCCGAACACUUGGGAUCUGAACCUGAGCCUCACUGCUGGAGUCACAAGAGCCUGUGCAAGAGCAGAACCCGCACAGUGAUGCCGGAGCCGUUGAACUGCGAUUUCUACAGCAAACAGCAGGAGGUAGUGCUGCCAGUCAGCUGUGCUAGUCCUGCUUCAUAUGCAGUGUGGUGGGUUUGCUGUGUUCUGCACAGCGGUAUCAGUCAUGUGUGAGUAUCCUGUUCUAAAUAAAAACCGAGCUGGAAAAGGAGUGUCAGCUGUGAGCAUCACCAUCCUCAGCUGUGAGUCACCUGAUCAUUGUUCUGCCAUGAUCCCAGCAAAGAACACUUCCACAAGCACAGCGCGGGACCAGCGCAGAACACUUCCACAAGCACAGCACGGGACCAGCGCAGAACACUUCCACAAGCACA